CAAUACCACCAUUAAAUUUUUUGGGUGCAUUUUCAGAACCGUUUGAAGCAAAACUUCACGUGAAUAUUUGUACAGUUGACGACGCCAAAGUAUGGCUUGAUGAAUUUUCUAAUUUACACAAGUCACCUGGUAAAGCUGAAACAAGGGCAAAAAACAAAAAAUAA